CAUAUCCUCCUAUUUCUUUUAUUUACGCUCCAUUCUUUUUUCUAUUUGUUUAUUUUAUUUUCUUUUUCUUCUUAAUUUCUGGAUUUCCAAUAUGGUAAGAAAAUCUUAAAAAAAAAAAAAAAAGAAAAAAAAUAAAAGGAAAAAAAAAAAAAAGGCUUUUAAUAAGUUGAAUGGGACUUAUUGACGAAUGGUUUGGCACAUUCCAAUUAUAGAGACCGAAUAUGCUUUCAUUGCGCCAACCUCUGUUAUUUUCUGGCGGGUUCUGUUUUAUAAUUGGCAAUUGGGUUUUGUUGCUCAUCAAUAAGGUUGUCUUUCAGAGUUAAAAGAGAGUUAAGAGACACGCGAGCUUCUCGUACCUGACUUCUGGUCUCUGAUUAAUGCGUUUCUCUUUGUUUCUUAUUAAUCAGUUGUUGGGUAUUUAAUUAACUCGUCUGUUUUGGAGAUUUCCUCAUUACAUAUUCGGAUUUUGUUGAGCAGAAUAUAUAGUCUGUUUCAUCGGUUAAUAAAUUUGUUAAGAGUUAUAAAAGGUUUAAUGCAUCGGGGUCUGUCUUAUUUAAUCAGAACAUGCAAAUUCUGAAGGAUUGGUGAUCUGGGUCGUUGAAUUGAGUUUGUCAGGGUGUUGUUGGUGGUUGUUUGCACGUGCCUAAUUCGCGGGUUUUAAUAAAGGCUUGCGAUUUCGUGUAGCAAUCCCAACAAACGUUGCAAAAUUAUGCUAGGAUUUUGACAAAUUUAGUGAACUGGGCGGUCGGAGCAAUCCAGAUAUUGGAGGAUGCAAGCCGUUGGGAGGUUCGGAAGCUACAUCUCUGGCCCUUUCCAUCCUUUUGGUGGUGCUGUGGAUAUUAUUGUAGUCGAACAGCCAGAUGGAAGCAUCAAAUCUUCUCCUUGGUAUGUUCGGUUUGGGAAGUUUCAAGGGGUUUUGAGGGCAAAAGAGAAGGUAAUUAACAUAAGUGUAAAUGGUGUGGAAGCUAGUUUCAACAUGUAUCUGGAUAAUAAAGGGGAAGCUUACUUUCUUAGUGAGGUAGAUGUGGAAGAGGGGGAAUCUGUAUCAUAUCCUUUUUCUUCUGGUGAUGAGACAGACAGGAAACCAGAGGAUAAUCGGAUGCCAUUGACGUCGAAAAGUUGCAAUUUUCCUGCUGAUGACUUGAAAAAAGUUGAUCAAAUUGAUGUGAGCAAUGAGAAGAUACUUCGCCGGACCAAUUCACGCCGGUCACGGAUAUUUGGGCUUGUUUUCGGAAGGAGGUCAAUGAAGGAGAAUAAUUAUAAAGGAGAGAAUGAUGGCAGAACAGUUGAAAGAAAUGAUUCUUUGGAACGUGCAGAGUAUGCUGCGAACCUUAUGGAAGUGAAGUGGUCUACCAAUCUGAACAAAAAUAAAUCCAGGAAAGAUAAUGCUUCACCAUUUACUGCUUCUCAUAUGUUAGAUGGUAAGGCUCAUAAAGAUACCGAUGCUGUGCAAAGCCAGGUGACCUCAUCUAUGCCUGAUAAAUGGGGAAAAAAAUCAGGCAAGGAGACUUGUUCCCGCAAUGAUCAACUGGGCGAUAGUUCUCAAUCUGGGUUAGAGACUUAUGCUGAGGAAACCACUUUGGAUAUUUCAUGUUUAAGCCCCCCAGAAGAACUUGUUGAGACUUACACAUUAGAUGAUGUUCCAGAAGGUGAAUGUGAGGUAAUGUCCGAAGUAUCUAGAUAUGUCAAUGAAUCUGUUAUGAGGGUUACUGAGGAGGAUGCAAAUGUAAACAGAGCACUCUCUAGUAUCAGUGAUCCUGAUUCUCAUUUAGUGGAGCUUCAAGCAUGUCCUAGCAGGCAUUUUGAUGAAGAACAGUUUUUCAAUAAUACAGAUGUUAUGUCACCAGGCUGUGACAUUUCCCAGAAGGAGUUGGAAACAGAUAGAGUAAAAACCUUUAUCUAUUAUGAAUCAUUGGAGAGCUCAAUGGUGCGAAAGGAUGAUACCAGCAGCCAAACUCAUGAGAUGCUGUACAUUGCAAGUGGAAAAUAUGGUGAAGUCCAUGUUUGUGCUGAAACGCUGCAUGCAAGAACUGAACUGAUAUCUGAGGACAUGGUUACUGAGCAACUUCCGGAGGUUAUUGAAUUGGAGGAACAACCAGUGGAUGGACCGGAGAAUUACUCUGAACUAACACAUUCCUUUCGUUCUUGCACGAAUAACUAUAAUGUGGUUAGUGAAGAGCCAACCACGGCUCCAAAAUCCUGCACGCAAAUGAAUCUUGUGAAUGCUUUACCUAAUCCAGUUGAAAAAUUCCUAUCACAGACCAUGCACAACAAUUCCAGUGACAGCAACUUAGGUCAUCGAGUUCAAGACGGGAAAACUAUGGAGGAUGAAAAUUUCACAAUCAAUUCGCCAUCUCCUUCUGGUUCUGUUGAUGACUCUGUAAUGACAGAUGUAGAGAAUGUUAAGGAAGAGCAAUUCCUUUUCAGCGACAUUGAUGAGUCAAAAGUCAUGGUGAUUCAGACUAUGGAGUCAAAAUUUCCAGGAAAUAUGGAUAGAGAAACUUCUUCCAUGUGUUGUCAAGAAGGCAUUAAAGAGUUGAAUGAGUCAGCUAUCGAAAAGAAGAAAUCAUACUCGUGUUCAGAGAUAUCUGAUCAAGAAAAUCUAACAUCUGAUUUUGAAAACUCAGUAGGAAUUACGAGGGCAUCAUCAAAUUCCCUAUGUAUUCCAAAAUGUCAUAGCAUUUCUGGUAACGAAGUGAGGCCCCUGGCAAAAUCAUUACCGAAUAUGAGGUCUUACACUGACAACUGUGGUACAUAUGAUGUUCAUCUUCUAAGUCGUUCUCUGGAUUCAAAUUCCAUAUCAUCAAAAUGGACAUUACAAAGCAAAGAUGACUCGACCUCUAGAAAGUCAAAUGAAGACAUAGAGCCCCAGUUAUCACUGGAACUGUUGGAUAUCAAGGAUGCCCCGGUUCUAGGAGAGCUUGAACUUGAACAUGAACAUGAACAUGCUAAUCCUGCAGUUGGAGAUUCAUCAAAAUCAAAUGUUGCCUCAAGCGGACGCUGGAGACUCUGGUCUGUUCCCUUCAGGAGAUCAACUUCUAGGAAGUCUAUGGAGCCAGCUCUCAGUGAUGCUGGAAAUUCUGAUACUGAUGAUGCUUCAGAGAGCAAAAUAGGCAUGCAAGGAGAUGAAAAUAUUCUUAGAUCCAAGGUAGUGAAGAAGACGGUGAAGAAAGUGGUGAGGGCUAUAAGUCCGACAUCUGAGCAGUUGGCAUCCCUAAAUUUGAAGGAAGGGAGGAAUACAGUAACAUUCACAUUCUCCACUUCAAUGCUGGGGAAACAGCAGGUUGAUGCCAGCAUUUUUCUGUGGAAAUGGAACACUCGUAUCGUAAUCUCAGAUGUGGAUGGGACAAUUACAAAAUCCGAUGUUCUAGGUCAAUUCAUGCCUUUGGUAGGAGUAGAUUGGUCACAAACAGGUGUUGCGCAUUUGUUUUCAGCUAUUAAGGAAAAUGGAUAUCAAUUGCUUUUCCUGAGUGCGCGUUCAAUUUCACAGGCCUAUCGCACUAGACAAUUUCUACUCAACCUUAAGCAGGAUGGGAAGGCUUUACCAGAUGGACCUAUGGUAAUUUCCCCCGAUGGACUCUUUCCUUCUCUUUUUCGAGAAGUUAUUAGAAGGACUCCUCAUGAGUUCAAGAUUGCAUGCUUAGAGGGUAUCAAGGCAUUGUUUCCUUCAGAUUGCCAACCUUUCUACGCUGGUUUUGGAAACAGAGAUACUGAUGAAAUCAGCUACCUUAAAGUUGGAAUCCCAAAAGGAAAAAUUUUCACAAUUAACCCCAAGGGUGAGGUUGCUGUGAACCGGCGGAUUGACACCAAAUCAUACAAAUCCCUGCAUGCUCUUGUGAAUGGCAUGUUCCCACCGACGGUCUCGUCUGAGCAGCAGGACUUCAAUUCGUGGAAUUACUGGAGACUGCCGCCUCCUACUAUUGAUUGUUGAAGUUUUGAAUGAGAAUUUGUUGCCCAUCUCUUUUAAGAUAGAGAAGGAUGGCUCGUCAUGCUUGUUAUCGAAUUAUUCAGUAGAUCAUAGUUCAGGUGUGGCUAAGGCUAUCGCCCAAAUUUUCAGUGUACGUAUUAAUGAGCAUGCCGGUCAAGUUAUUGGCAGGCUGAAAGUAAUUUAUGGAAGAUAUACAAGGAAGAGUUGGAUCCGCCUGGUCGGUAUCUUUGAUCGGUCUAAAAUUUUGUGUAGUCUGUUUCAUGCGGUCCCGUGCAUGAGAGCUUGAGCGGUGUAAGUACUUAUUAGAAGUCACAUGGUAUAUAUUAGGCAUGGAAUUUCAACUUUUGAUGUACAAAUUUUUGGUUAAAUUUCAAAAUGUAAAAUCAUUUCCA